CCCCAAUUCAAAAUGGCAGAUCCCUUAUCAAAAAUAGUGCCUGGCAGAGGAGGCAUGAUCAUCAACAGGAACCCUACUAAGACAAUAGAGAAGAAAGGGACUAGCAGGCAGAAUGAAGAUGAUAGGGGUAAUUUAAAUGGAUUUAGAAGGGAAUCACUGUUUGAUUAUUUUAUUAUAAGAGCAAAUUCUAAGUGGAAAGCUAUUUUUGAUAUAGUCAUGCUUAUUUUGGUAGCCUAUUCUUGUGUGACUUCGAUAUUUUAUGUGGCGUUUGCAUCACCGUCGAAGGUAUUUCAUAUUGUGUUUGAUUGGAUAGUGGAAGCGGCUUUUAUUUUUGAUAUGCUGUUCAAUUUUUGUCAAGAAUAUAUUGAUUCAGAGACCCAUGAGCCUGUAUCCAAGCAUAAAAAGAUCAUUAAGAGAUAUGUAUUUAAGGGAUGGUUCUUUAUUGAUUUUGCAUCAGUGUUUCCAUUUGCACUAAUUUUUCAAAACCAAGCGGCCUUAAUAAAGUUAUUAAGAUUAGUAAGAUUGCUAAGAUUAACUAAACUUAUGAAUACUUCCAAGUUGAAUCAACUCUUAAAAUCAUUCAUGGAAAAUCCUUCUCGGAGUCAGAGGAUAGUCACACAGCAUAUGAUAAUGUAUUGCCUUAAAAUAUUAAGACUUGUCGCAGUUGCUAUUGUUAUUACAUAUUUUAUUGGCUGAUUUUGGUUCUUCAUCUCAAAUGAAUUGCAUCAUGCGGACAAUAAUAAAACCUUUGUCAAGAACUUUGAGCUUGAUAAAGAGGACUCCUUUAGACAAUUGGUUGUUUCAUGUUAUUUCGCUCUCACUACACUUUCUACUGUAGGCUAUGGUGAUUAUUAUCCUAUUAGUAACAUCGAGAGAAUAAUCGCUUGAAUGAUAUAAUGCUUGUUGGAGUCGCUUUCUUCUCAUACAUAAUGGGCAAUUUUAUCGAAAUUAUAAGUAACUAUAAACAUAAAAUGGGAAUUAUUGAUAGAGGAACAGACUUACAUAAUUGGAUGACCCGAUUGACAAGAUUCACAAACAAUAAUCCUUUGCCAAGAAGUUUGUUUAAUAAGAUUGAUGCUCAUUUUGCUUACUUCUGGCCAAAUGAUAGACUAGCUGCUACUUCGCCAGAUGAUGAGUUGCUGAACACUCUUCCAAGGAGCAUUAAGAGAACAAUUAUGACAAAUUAUUUGUUUCAGGAUAUCUUCUACAAAUUCAAGGAGUUCUUCAAUACUUAUGAAAACAUUGAGAGUAAAUUCUUGUAUGAUGUCUCAUUUGGAUUCAUGCCGAGGAAAUUUGAAGAAAACGAACUGAUCUAUGAUGAAGAAGAUGAAGUCCCUGAAAUCUAUUUUAUCCUGGAAGGCACUGUCGGAGUCGGAUUUAGACUUCCAGGCAACAACUCUCAAGAUUUCAAGCUAAUAAAGUACUUUCGAGAAGAUUCGUUUAUAUGUGACUUUUAUGUCUGAACAGACCGAAAAAGUGAGUUUGUGUAUCAGUGUAUCAAGGAAACUAAGACCUAUGCUUUGGGUAAAAGUUUCCUAAAUGAUAUCUUUAAGAAAUAUCCUGAAAUAAUGUCAAAUAUCAGAAAAGACUCCGAAAAGAGGUAUAAGAAGGCAAUUAUGAAGCCUCUUCAUAAUCAAAGAAUGAACGAUUUAGAAGCUUAUAAUAAAAAAUAGUGCUUAUAAGUUCAUCCAAAUAACCAAUACAGAUAAGUUGUUUGAGAAGAAAAAGAAACCCACACCACAGGAAAAGCUUCAAAAGAAGUUUGAGAGAGAUUCUCCAAUAGAUAUCAAUGAUCUUGAGAACAUGCUUAUAAAAGAAAUGAGUCGAUCCACCACACAAAUCGACGAAAUCGAGACCUCCAUCGAAGAAAUUAACCAAGAAAGUGCCUCCAAAUUCGAACAAAUCCUCAGACAACUCCAAGACGAUACAGAACAAACUGAGUUUUAGACUUCUAUUAAGCUACAGAAAUUUAGAAAUUGUAUGUUG